CUCUCUAACCUUACUAUUGUUCAAUUUUCUGAUUCCUGGUUUUUUUCUCACUACAUUGAGAUUGAGGUAAUGGAACAGAGAUUAAGAACAUCAAAACCUUAAAAAUCACUUGACAUCAUUGUCUGAUGGAAUCUCAAAGUGGCAGAGGAUCAAACAUUCAUCAUAGAACUCAUCAUUCAACAAAUUCAAGUGAAACUGAACCAUUCAACUCACAAAACAAACCAGAACACUCGCAUCAUGAUCCCAUUCACUUCAUGCCAAAUCCAACACCUCAUAAUGAAAAUGCAACUUUUCAUCAUAGCAAUGACCAAACAAAUCUUGCUAACCCUUUUGGUGAAUUUCAUUCUCCUUAUCCAAACAACUCAGACUCUUCAUAUUCAUCAUCACAAAACCCUUUCUUAGUAUUUGGUGAUCAUGAUGAUGCAAAUGAUUCUCAUAAGUUGCAUGACCAUGCACCUUUUGAGGCUAAUUUUCAUCAUCAACUACCUACUUAUGAAUCAUCUUCACUAGGAAAUCCCUUCCAUGACCCUCACAAGAUUGAUCAACAUCAUGAUCAUGAUGAUGAUUGGCAUCAUCAAGAUCAUUGGAACUUCCCUGAUCAUGAAGAAACAUCACAUGCUUCUUCCUCAAGUCAACUAUCACACCCUUUGUUCACACUUGAAUCAACACAAAACCAGCAACUAGAUGAUGCAAAUCAUAAGAACCCUAAAGGUUUCGAAUCUUCAACUCAGCGAAACACGCAUGAUUCUCAUUCUACAGGUUUUGAAUCUUCAACUCAGCAACAUAUGCAUGAUUCUCAUUCGACAGGUUUUGAAUCUUCAACUCAUCAACACAAAAAUUCCCUAAGUGCUUCGAGUAACACCGAGAAAGAUACUCAUGUACAUCCAAAAUCGAAAAAGGAAAACAUGUUCGCUAACAAUGAUGAUAUGCCAGUAAGAUCAAUGCCGAAGCAUGAACAAAAAUCUUUAAGUCAACAAAACAUGCAUGAUUCUCGUUCUAUAGGUUUUGAAUCUUCAUCUCCGCAACACAAACAUGAUUCUCUAAGUGCUUCGAGGAACACCGAGAAAGAUGAUGUACAUCCAAAAUCGCAAAAGGAAAACAUGUUCGCUUUAGAAUUUAGCGAUGAUGACAAGCCGGUAAGAUCAAUGCCAAAGCAUGAACAAAAAGCUUCAACUCAGCAAAACAUGCAAGAUUCUCGUUCUAUAGGUUUUGAAUCUUCUUCUCCGCAACACAAACAUGAUUCUCUAAGUGCUUCGACGAACACCGAGAAAGAUACUCAGGUAUACCAAAAAUCGCGAAAGGAUUGUGAUGAUGAUAUGCUGGUAAGCUCAAUGCCAAAGCAUGAACAAAAAUCCUCAACUCAGCAAAACAUGCACGAUUCUCGUUCUACAGGUUUUGAGUCUUCAACUCAGCAACACAAACAUGAUUCUAUAAGUUCUUCGAGUAACACCGAGAAAGAUACUCAUGCACAUCAAAAAUCGCGAAAGGAUAGUGAUGAUAAUAUGCCGGUAAGCGCAAUGCCAAAGCACGAACAAAAAUCUUCAACUCAUCAAAACAUGCAUGAUUCUCAUUCUACAGGUUUUGAAUCUUCAACUCAGCAACACAAAAAUGAUUCUCUUGGUGCUUCGAGGAACACCGAGAAAGAUACUCAUGUACAUCCGAAAUCGCAAAAGGAAAACAUGUUAGCUUCAGAAUCUAAUGACGAUGAUUUCCGAGUAAGAUCAAUGCCAAAGCAUGAACAACAAAAAUCUUCAACAGUUGUACUUGUUCCCGAGACGAUACAAAACCCUCCGAUACAGAUAAUGGAAAGACAAGAGAAUGGUUCUACUACUCCAUCUUCAACGCCGAGAAUUCCAUUACAUGUUUUCGCGAGAGACAAACUAAAUGCUCAAUGGAGCAAUGCCUCUAAUGAAUCGUUGUUUAGCAUUCAAAUGGGAAAGAGUUUCUCGAACGACAUGGCUUGGUUGAAUAAAUCUGGUGAAUUGGAUAAGAAUGGCGAUCACAUGAACUACAUGUCGGGUGGUGUUCAAAGUAAUCAUCCUCCACUUUCACCUCAACCACAACAAGCUACUAAAUUCAAUGAUAUUAGCGCGAAUUUCACUGAACAGCAUCAAAGUAAUUUCAAAGUAACCGAGGCAAAAGCUGCUGAGACAAUGCGAGAGGUUAUAAUGGAAACUAGUACAACGCCGGAGAAUGAUAAAAGUAAAGGAUCGACAACAUUUUCUAUUGCGGCGAUGCAUUCGGAUACGCUUUCUAGUUCUAAUAAUGACAAUUCUCGGCAUUCAAAUGGAAGCACCCAAUCUUUUGCAUUUAAAUCAUACGCAGAUGGAGAAAAAGCUGGCGACAAACCCGGAGAAAAACCUCUUUCGUCAAAACACGAUGAAGAGACGAAAAAGCAGCCGAAGCAGUCAGGGCAACAGAAUGCUAAAACAACAGUAGCACCAUCUGCAGCUCAAAACACCAAACCAGCAUCAAAUGCUCCGCAGAACAAAUGGCUAUCUUGCUUCACAUGUUGCCACUAGAUCACAUUAGAGUCUCUCGGCUUCGAAGAAAAUAAUAUUUCUAGCAGGGCCGUGUUUGAGGGUGUGUCAGGUAGUUUACAACACAGGACCUCAAAUUCUUCAAGGUUAAAUUUAGGCUAAUUAGACCUCAUGAUAGAUCUGCCACGGUUAAACCAUAACUAAAUAUAGACCCUUUGUUAUUGUCCCAGUUGAACUCAGUUGAACUGUAGCUAACUUACACAGAGCCUCCAGAAAUCUAAGACGGUUAUGUUCCUAUGUCACCUUGACGAUAGUAUAACAUAGUUUUUUUUGUUGAUUAAAAGUUUAGGUGAUUCAAGUCUCGUAAUUUAGUAUUUUAUCGGUCAAUGAUAUUGCAAAUAAGUACUAAUAAGUAAAAGUUUCUAACAAAUAGUUUUUUUUGAUAAAGAUUUCCUUCUACACAAACCACUUGAACAAUGGAUAUGAUAAUCAUUAAAGCUAAACUAAUCAAAGAUAACUUCAUUGUUUUCGCUUACCUCUACAUUCUAAGAAAGAUUGAUCUCUAAAAUGAGAAAGGAUA